CACCAUGCCGGAAGUUGCUUGAGUGCUGCAGGAUUCGUGUUACACGGACGGCGAGAAGUGUGUGUGUGCGGUGCCUAACGUUGCAUGUCCUCUGCGCCAGCAGUACUGGCUAAUUAAUACAAGACGGAUUCAAGAUGAAAGACGUGCCAGGGUAUCUCUGCUUUCAGCAAAGGAAAAGUUCCACCCCUGAAAUGGCGGCAGAGUGGCAUGCGCUUGAAGAUUUGUACAACAAAAAACUGUGGCAUCAGUUGACUCUGAAGAUGACGGAGUUUGUCAAGGACCCUUACUUUAAAAGUGGCGACAGCCUCAUCCAGCUCUAUGACAACUUUCUGAGUGAUUUUGAGCACAGGAUCAAUCCACUAUCUCUGGUGGAAAUUAUUCUCUAUGUUAUCAGACAAAUAUCAGAUCCGAAUGAUGCGAUCACCUUUCUUGAGAAAACUAAAGAAAAGGUAAAGAGCAACGAGGAGGCUGUCAUCUUGUGCAAAACAUCUAUAGGGAGUCUGAAAUUAGAGAUCAGUGACCUCGCUGCAACAAAGAAAUUGAUCGAGGAGGUUGAAGAGAUGCUGAAUAAUCUGCCUGGUGUAACAUCAGUUCAUGGGCGCUUCUAUGAUUUGUCCAGCAAGUACUAUCGGUUUGUUGGAGACCAUGCGUUAUACUACAAGGACGCCCUACGCUAUCUUGGCUGUGUAGAAGUGAAAGAUUUGUGUGAAACAGAGAAACAGGAGAGAGCCUUUACUCUGGGACUAGCAGGACUGCUAGGAGAGGGGGUUUACAAUUUUGGAGAACUUCUGAUGCACCCAGUUCUGGAGUCUUUGAGAAAUACGGACAAGCAGUGGCUUAUUGAUACCCUCUAUGCUUUUAAUAGUGGCAAUGUUGUCAAGUUCCAAGCCUUGAAGUCAGCCUGGGGCCAGCAGCCAGAUCUAGCAGCUCAUGAGCCCAAACUGAUGCAAAAGAUCCAGCUGCUUUGUGUGAUGGAGAUGACUUUUACACGACCUGCCAAUAAUAGACAGUUGACGUUCCAAGAAAUAGCACAGAGUGCACAUAUCCCAGUGAAUGAGGUGGAACUGCUCGUGAUGAAGGCGCUCUCUGUUGGCUUGAUAAAGGGUAGCAUCGAUGAGGUGGACCAGACUGUUCACAUGACAUGGGUUCAGCCAAGAGUUCUGGAUCUAAUCCAGAUUAAAGGUAUGAAUGACCGUCUGGAAUUGUGGUGCAAAGAUGUGAAAAAUAUGGCAGUGUUGGUGGAGCAGCAAGCCCAGGACAUCCUCACUUAGAGCAACUUGCCAGUCCUUCAGAUCUUACAUGUCUACCAUUCCCUUUACUGUUUACCCAGUGUUUCAUGAUGUUUACAACUUACAUUUUCAAUGUGGAGUUACCUUUGUUUGUAUUAAUGACUGGUAUCUGUUAAUAUAAGUUAAUGUUUUGGGUUUUUUUGUUUUUUUUUCCACUGGUUUACUGUGCUGAUUGAUCUUUUGUGUUGUUUUGUUAUUUUUUCCUAGAAGAAAAUGACUUGAGAUUCCUUUAAUGUGUUUUGCCUUUUUUUUCAUAAAACGGGUCCUCAUAUUUCACACAAUAUUUUGGGUUUAACCUGGAUUAGAGAAGAAGCCAUAUUUAUGAUUUUUACUUUAAGUAAACAGCUACUUUGAAAACAGUUCUUUCACUACUUUCUAGUAGGGUUGACUGACUAAGAUGACAUGCAUAAUUUCACAUAUAAAUAUCUGAGAAGCAUAUAUGCUGUAUGUAUUAUAAUGAACUGUUAUGCCUAUUUGAGGUCAUUGGGUGAGUCAAAAGUGUACCUCCAUGUACAGCUGUUGGGAAAAUCUUGCAUUUCUCAAGAGCUGUAAAGUGACAUACUUCAAGGUCACACCAUCUGCUCUAUUAUCAUCUUUAUUUUUCAUUCACUGAGUUACAAAACUAUGAAACAAUGAAAACCGUUGGCAUGGUGAAUUAGGAAUUUAACCUCAGCUGUGUAUCCUACCAGUGUGGUGGUUAAAGUAUGUUACAGGGCUGCAAAGUGAAUUACUAAGUAAAUCAUAUUUUUAAAAUAUUCAUAAUGUUACGUGCUGGGCUGCACAUAUAACAGCAGCUCUAUUAGCUUAAUAUUUGUAAGCAGAUUGUAAUAAUGAAACUACUACAGUUGAAACGUUUGCUGGAUUCACAUGUUUGCAUGCAAAUUUUAAAUUGGUAACUUAACAUAUUAAACAAUUUUAGCUGGUGAGCUUUAAGUUAUUAAACCAACCUGCUUUAGUAGACGUAGGAGAGCAGAGAAUUCUCUAAAUGUGUAGAGAUGCUUGCCAAUCUAGGUGUGUAUAUUUUACUGUGUCUUCCUGGUGGUUGACAUGUAAUGUGUGAAAAUUCUCAGCUACACAGAUAAGAUCUGACUAAAAUGAAGAAAAGAUGGUUUCCAAAGAGUAAACUUUUAGGUCUACUUUCACCUUCUACUAUUAAAGCAUUAGACCACACUAAAACCAUGGCCCACCUAAACAUUUCACCUCUAAGCUGUGAAAGUAGAAAUCUUGUUGAGAAAAAUAUUUUUGUUUUCUGAUUGUGGAACUAAUGACAAUACAGCUAAUGUCACUCAGAUAAUUGCUGGAGAAAUGUUUCUUCUGUGUUUGCUGUUUUGUUAUUCAAUGACCACAUUUGUUUACAUUACUCGCAGUGUACACAAUACUUUCAACAACUCUCAAAGUUAGUUUUGUCAAGUUGGCACCUUAAUUUAAAGCAUUAAAGUUGUAUCAACAAAGAUAGUUAUUCCAAAGAGGUGUACUCUGUACUAUGAUUAGAGGUAAUAAAUGUCUUAAGCAAUGUCA